AUGGCUGAACUUGUCCUCUAUUUUUCAACUCUUAUCUUCUUUUUCUUCUUAGUCUUCAUAGUGAGAAAAAUAGGAAACACAAAGAAAAAAGUUGAGGACACACCUUGUAACAUACCCCAUGGACCUAGAAAACUACCUAUUAUAGGAAAUAUACAUUUUCUGUUAUUCUCUCAACCCCAUAGAAAAUUAAGAGACCUGGCCUUAAAAUAUGGACCCUUGAUGCAUCUUCAACUGGGAGAAGUUUCUACUAUUGUCAUUUCAUCCGCUGAGUGUGCUAAGGAAGUGAUGAAAACCCAUGAUAUUAACUUUGCCACAAGGCCUAAAGUCCUAGCUAUUGAUGUAAUCUGUUACAACUGCACAGACAUAGCUUUUGCUCCUUAUGGACAUUAUUGGAGGCAGUUAAGAAAAAUUUGCUUGUUGGAGCUUUUAAGCCUAAAACGUGUUAACUCAUACCAGCCAAUCAGAGAAGAGGAGCUCUUCAAUCUUAUCAAAUGGAUAGAUGCACAGAAAGGAUCACUGAUCAACCUCACUGAAGCUGUUCUUUCAUCAAUUUAUACAAUUGCUUCAAGGUCUGCCUUUGGCAAGAAAAGCAAAGACCAAGAAAACUUUAUAUCAGUGGCUACAAAAAUAAUCAAAGUUACUGGAGGUUUUGACAUUGGAGAUUUCUUUCCUUCUGCUGUUUGGCUGCAACAUGUCACUGGCAUGAGGCACAAGCUUGAGAGGUUGCAUCAACAAGCUGAUCAGAUAAUGGAAAACAUCAUCAAUGAGCAUAAAGAGGCAAAGUCUAAGGCCAAAGAUCACCAAAGUGAAACAACAGAUCUUGUGGAUGUUCUCAUGCAGUAUGAGGGUGAUAGCAAGCAGGAUUUUUCUUUAACAAGGAACAACAUCAAGGCAAUAAUUCUGGACAUUUUUGGUGCUGGCGGUGAGACAUCAUCAACAACCAUAGAUUGGGCGAUGGCUGAAAUGAUGAAGAAUUCAAGAGUAAUGAAAAAAGCACAAGCUGAAGUUAGAGAGGUAUUCAAAUUGAAAGGAAGGGUUGAUGAAAAUUGCAUCAAUGAACUCAAAUAUUUGAAACUAGUUGUGAAAGAGACCUUGAGAUUACACCCUCCAGCUCCUCUUUUGCUUCCAAGAGAAUGUGGUCAAACAUGUGAGAUACAUGGCUAUAACAUACCUGCCAAAAGCAAGGUCAUUGUCAAUGCUUGGGCAAUUGGAAGAGAUUCAAACUAUUGGACUGAACCAGAGAGGUUUCAUCCCGAGAGAUUCAUUGACAGCAGUAUUGACUACAAAGGGAAUAAUUUUGAGUACAUUCCUUUUGGAGCUGGAAGAAGGAUAUGCCCUGGAAUCACAUUUGCAUCCAGAGUUAUGGAACUGGCCCUUGCAAUGUUGCUGUAUCACUUUGAUUGGAGGCUUCCAUGUGGAAUGAUAAGUGAAGAAUUGGACAUGAGUGAAGACUUUGGAGUCACAGUUAGAAGAAAGCAUGAUCUGCUCUUGUUUGCUUUUCCUUAUCUUCCUUUGCCUGUCUCAUGA